AUGCGUCCGCAACCAUCCACACCCUUGGCCCUGCUCGCCGCUGCCACUAUCGCCCGCGCACACUCCUGGGUUGAGGUAGUGCAUCGCAUCGCCCCGGGCGGCGGCUUUGUCGGGGACCCCGGCUACGCUCGCGGUUGGGUCUCACGCGACUCGAAAGACCCAGUCUUUAGCGACAAGAUCCCACAGCACCUGCUGCCGGACUCAAGCGCAUACACCGGCAACGAGAUCCUCAACAAGUACCCCUAUACGGACAAGCCGAACUUUCCCAUGCUACAGGCCGCGCCCGGCGACUACAUCGCCCUGCUGAACUUCGAGAACGGCCACGUGACGCUCAACGCCCAACCCAAGAAGCCGCUCAACCGCGGCACCGUCUUCGUCUAUGGCACUGCUGACCCAAAGCCUGAGGAGCGCCUCUUUGACGUGCACCUCGCCUGGACCCGCGACGGCACCGGUGGCGACAAGCGUGGCCGCCUGCUCCACACCCGCAACUACGAUGACGGCCAGUGCUAUGAGCCGAACACCAGCCCGCGCAAGGAGGAGCGCGUCAAGCAAGGUGCCGCCGAAGGCGCCGUUGACACCAAGGCGCUGGCCUGCCAAUCGGACCUCCAGCUACCCGAAGACCUUAAGCCUGGCUCCACGUACACGCUCUACUGGUACUGGGACUGGCCGGACCUCGACCCCGACCACAUCGAUGUGGCGGCCACCAAGAACGGCAAGUUUCCCUGGGCCGGUACCUUCCAGCGCGGCGAGAAGGACCCCAACGGGUUCACCCUGAACGCAAUCUCCAAGAACGAGAGCUACGCGAGUACUGUGGACAUCAAGAUCAUCGAGGCCGCGCAGCUCCCUGGCGGCGCCGGCGCCGUAGCCAAGGCCGCGGCCGGGUGGAAGUCGGACGCCAACAUCUACACGCAGGCAAUCAAGGCGCAGAUGGCCAACAACUACCAGGUCGACGUUGACGGCAACGGGGCCACCGGCGGCGGCAGCGCGACUGCCACGGCGACCGCCUCGUCGGCUUCUACUCCGGACGCCGCUGCUCCUCCCUCCACGCCCGCCGGCGGCCCGGUCACCACUAGCAGCGCCAACCCAGUCCCCCACCCCGCCGCGCCCACCUCGACCCUGACGGCGCCGUCCGCCGCACCCGCCGGCAGCGGCAGUGGCGGCGUCACGGUGACCACGACGGUGACGCUGCCGGCCAAGACCGUCGUCGAGACUGUCUACGUCACCGCGUCCGGCCCCCCCGCGAGCAGCGCCAGCCCGGACUCCAGCGUGACCGGGCGCUCCCAGCCGGCCGUGUACGCCAACAUGCCCAUCCCCCGCGACGCGCCGCCGGCUACCGUCACCGAGAAGCACACGUGCGUCGCGACGGUCACCAAGAUGGUGCCCAAGGCGGAUGCGUCCGCCCCUCCUCCUCCGGGGCGUCGACGCAGGCACCUUCUUCAGUGA